UAUAUUUAGCCCAGGUCCUACCAUGCAUUUAGCCCGACCAUUGCUUAGCUUUUUGGUGCUGACAUUUUUGGUUUGGGGCGCCGAACCCACAAUAUCACCACUUGAUGUCAACUGCAGGAAACAUCCUGGUUUUAGAAUACAGCAGUAUGGAAAAGCAAAGAAAUGUCUAAAUUGGCGAGGAAGUGGUUUCAAUUUUGAAACUGCUAAAAAGGAAUGUGAAGGCUUAGGAGCAUUCUUGGCAACGUUUAAAAAUGUGGACGAAAGAAGAAUUUUUUUUCGUUAUUUGUAUUACGGAUACUACUGGAUAGGCCUUGACGAUUUACAACAAGAAGGGGUCUACAUCUGGCAUGAUGAUGGAAAGCCAAUUCUGAAUAUGUCUGUCUUUGACGACUUCAACGGUCCUAGAGAGAUAUGCGAAGGAGAAGAAUUUAAUUGUGGAAUGUUUGUAGCAAUGCCUCAAAGCAUCAUCAUGACAAAGUGUGCCUUCUCCGCCGCCGCAAUUUGUGAAGUCAGGAAAUAAAAUCUACUGAAUGAAAUCAAUCGAGCGUCACCUUUAUCUAGAUAAUAAAUAGCACACCAAGUCGGUAGCAUUUGGCUUCUCAAUUGAUUGCACAUUUUUAAAGAUAGCAAAAGUAUACUUUAUCAGAUUUAUUGAUUAAACACGCUUAAGUGAUAUUAAC